UCUACGUCAAUUCUCUUGGGGAGAGCGCUCCCUCGCCCACGGAACGAGGAAGAAGCCCAUCUCGUCAAGCUUAACGCGUGACCUUUGGGGCGAAUGCUUGGCAUCCUCGGCCUUGGUUGGAUCGAACACCGCCUCACCUAUCGUGCGCGCAUUCCCGAUGCGAGUGGUCUAUUACUCUCGUCACCGGCAUCGAAACGCACCGGAAUGGUGUGAGUACGUCGGAAGCAUGGACGAGCUGUGUGCGAUAUCAGGCGAGAAGCAAAUUAGGGCGAUGAAGAGGGGCAGUGUCAUAGUCAACGCCGCACAAGGUAAGGUUCUUGAUGAAGAGGCGGUUACCCGGGCGUUAGAAGACGGACAUUUAGGAUCGAUUGGACUGGACAUUUAUCCGAACGAACCACAUGUCAACCCUCGCCUGCUGGAGUUCCCGCGAAAUAUGUUGUUGCCGCACAUGGGUAUUACUCCGAGUCGCACACAAGAUACCGAGAAGAUGGAAAUGUGCGCUGAUGAAUUUGAAAGACUUCUUGGUGACGGGGAAUGGGAAAGAUUUAGUUCCUGAGCUACAGCUGUGACUGGUCCGGUCUGAUCUGAGCCUGCGUCUGCCGUCUGCCGUAUGAGGCCUACGUAUAGCUGGACCCGUGGAAUCACGUGAGAGGGUUCAUAAGCCGAAUUGUAUGGAGGCAGUGUGUGGCUACGAAGAGUAUGGUUC